AUGAAACUCUCUAACCUCCGAUUCCACGCCCUCGUGGCAGCGACUCUGUUCGCGGCGAUCGCUUUUGCCGAGCAUACCAGCAACUGGGCUGUUCUCGUCUGCACGUCGCGGUUCUGGUUCAACUACCGCCAUCUCGCCAAUGUCCUCUCCAUGUACCGAACCGUCAAGCGUCUGGGUAUCCCCGACUCUCAGAUCAUCCUCAUGCUUCCCGAUGACAUGGCUUGCAACCCCCGCAACGCCUUCCCCGGAACCGUCUACAGUAACUCUGAUCGCGCCGUUGAUCUCUACGGCGACAACAUCGAGGUGGACUACCGUGGCUACGAGGUCACCGUCGAGAACUUUAUCCGACUGCUAACGGAUCGCGUCGGUGCCGAGAUGCCUCGAAGCAAGCGCCUGCUUACCGACGAUCGAAGCAACAUUCUGGUGUACAUGACUGGUCACGGUGGAAAUGAGUUCCUGAAGUUCCAGGAUGCCGAAGAGAUAGGCGCAUUCGAUCUUGCGAACGCAUUCGAGGAGAUGUGGGAGAAGAAGAGAUAUCAUGAGAUCCUCUUCAUGAUCGAUACUUGUCAAGCGAAUACCAUGUACAGCAGACUUUACUCUCCCAACAUUAUCGCCACCGGUUCCUCCAAGCUCGACCAGUCCUCCUACUCACACCACGCCGACAACGAUGUUGGAGUCGCCGUCAUUGACCGAUACACAUAUUACAACUUGGAAUUCCUCGAGAAUAACGUCAAGGAUUUAAACAGCCAGAAGACAGUCGGCGAACUGUUUGACAGUUACGACUAUAGCAAGAUUCACUCUCACGCCGGUGUACGAUACGACCUCUUCCCUGGUGGCGAAGAAAACGCCCGCAGCCGUCUGAUUACCGACUUUUUCGGCAAUAUCCAGAACGUCGAAGUUGAUCGCAGUGGUAACUUGACACUCGAGGAAGACCUUCUCGCGCUCAGCAAGAAGAUUGCUGUGCUGCAGCAAAAGGAGGCAGAGGCGGCCAAGGCGACUGUCCAAGAGAAGGAGUCCGCCAAAGCACCGGCUAGUGCCCCAACUGAGGCUGCCAGAAAGAUCCAAAAGGCCAAGGCUUUGACCGACGACAACUGGUGGACCAAAAAGGUUGUUGGUGCCACGGCGCUCACAGGUUGUGGUCUUCUCUGGGCUCUGGGGUCUUUCCUGGAGGGUUAA